UUAAUCAAACCCGUAUGCUCAGCCCGAAACUCCAUUUUCUUCCCAACAAAUUCAGAAAUCUCCGUGUAGCAGGUGGUAGUUGCGAUUUUCUCUCACAUCCUCUCCCUCCAAUGAAACCAUCAUCCCCUUCCUCCUCCUCCACCUCUCGGCUCUACUGGAUGAUCAGAGCCGGUAUAAUUUUUUACAAAAAAAGAUACGGGGAGACAUAUUGAUUAUACGACGCCCACGCGCCGCCGGCGAUGAGCACCAGAGACGAGAUCGUGGAGGAUGGGCUUCGCCGGCCGUUGCUCCACACCGGAAGCUGGUACCGGAUGGGGUCUAGACAGGGAAGCAUGUUGGGCUCAUCGAACCAGCUGAUUCGCGAGUCCAUUUCCGUUUACCUCUGCGUCCUCAUCGUCUCUCUCGGCCCAAUUCAGUUCGGCUUUAAUUGUGGCUACUCCAAUCCCACUCAAGAUGAAAUUAUUGGAGAUCUUGGACUUACCAUUUCAGAGUACUCUAUGUUUGGAUCCUUAGCAAACGUGGGUGCCAUGGUUGGAGCAAUAGCUAGCGGUCAGAUAUCAGAGCACAUUGGACGAAAAGGGACACUUAUGGUUGCUUCAAUUCCUAAUGUAAUAGGAUGGCUUGCCAUUUCAUUUGCCCGAGAUGCAUCUUUUUUAUACAUGGGAAGGUUAAUGGCAGGUUUUGGUGUUGGGAUUAUAUCUUAUGUGGUUCCAGUCUAUAUAGCAGAGAUUUCUCCUGAGGACAUUAGGGGAGUUCUUGUGGCCACUGUCCAGCUAUUUAUUACAGUUGGGAUAAUGCUUGCAUAUCUAUUGGGACUUUUUUUGCCUUGGAGAGUGAUUGCGGUCAUAGGGAUGAUACCGUGCACAAUACUGAUCCCCAGUCUGUUUUUUAUACCAGAAUCUCCACGUUGGUUGGCCAAUGUGGGGAAGAAUAAUGAUUUCGAAAUGUCAUUGCAAGUUCUACGUGGAUUUGAUACAGAUAUAUCAUCUGAAGUGAAUGAUAUCAAGAAAUCAGUGGCAUCAUCUGGUAAAAGCUCAAGUACUGUCCGGUUUUCAGAACUCAAGAAACGGCGAUAUUAUUUGCCUUUGAUGAUCGGCAUUGGAUUACUUUCUCUCCAGCAACUAUGCGGAAUCAACAGUGUUUUAUUCUAUUCUAGUAAGAUCUUCGAGUCUGCUGGAGUUUCAUCCAGUAAAGCUGCAACUUUUGGAAUUGGGGCUAUUCAGGUUAUUGUGACUGUGGUUGCUACAUUGUUGAUGGAAAGGGCUGGCCGUCGGCUGCUACUUCUUAUAUCAGCAUUAACAAUGACUUUUGGAACGCUCCUUGUUGCAGCUGCAUUCUUUUUGAAGGAUUGCACUCCAGAGCAUUUGCACUCCCACUUUGGAGUGAUAUCGGUGAUUGGGCUGCUGAUUUUGGUGAUUGGUUUUGGGCUUGGAUUGGGUGGUGUCCCGUGGAUUAUAAUGUCCGAGAUACUGCCGGUAAAUGUCAAAAGUCUAGGCGGUAGUGUGGCAACACUAUCGAAUUGGAUGUCCGCCUGGGUUGUCACAAUGACUGCAAACUUGCUUAUGGAUUGGAGCAAAGGAGGAACGUUCACCCUGUACGCUCUAGUGUCAGCCUUCACAACAGUUUUCGUAUACCUCUGGGUGCCCGAGACCAAAGGAAAGACGCUAGAGGCAAUUCAAUUGUAUUUCAGAUAGAGCCAUCAAUCAUCAAAUCAUCUCCAUCUUCAUCAAGUCUUUCUCUAUAUAUAUAUAUAUACACUGAGUAAACAAGACAGAGGAGAACAUUAUGGAAUGAAAAAGGAACGAACAU